CAGAGAGGCCGCGAAUUCCGUUUGGAAGUAUCUUUGAGCUCGCUUGGACACCAUGAGCAAAGCUCACCCUCCUGAGUUAAAAAAAUUUAUGGACAAGAAGUUAUCAUUGAAAUUAAAUGGUGGCAGACAUGUCCAAGGAAUAUUACGGGGAUUUGAUCUCUUUAUGAAUCUUAUGAUAGAUGAAUGUGUGGAAAUGGCAACUGGUGGGCAACAGAACAAUAUUGGAAUGGUGGUAAUACGAGGAAAUAGUAUCAUCAUGUUAGAAGCCUUGGAACGAGUAUAAAGAAUGGCUGUAGUUAC